CCUGGCAGAAAUGGUCCUCCAUAGCUGGAGCCCGGCUGUGGCUGCAGACACAGCCGGGCGCAGGUCGCCUCCGUCGGCCGGCUGAGAGGUUGCAGCCGCCGCCUUCGCGGCUGAUUGGCUCCGCGUUCAGUUCCUCGUGAGGAAAUCACUCCUUUUAUAGUUAACGGAGCGCCGAGCGGCUGUUUUCCGGGUUUACACUCGCUCAGCAUGUAGAGGAGGCGGACCGCCGGGAGACACCUGGACCACCGCGGAGAGACGCCGGAGCCCGGACACACGGUAUCGAUCCGCUGAUAUCGAUCAGCUAUCGUUGAAGCAUGGGGAACCUGAUCAAGGUGUUAACCAGAGACAUCGACAACAAUGGUGGAAACUUCUUCCUGGACUUUGAGAACGCUCAGCCCUCGCAGUCAGAGACGGCGGUGUGGGAGGAGGUGAACCAGGUGCUGACGGAGGCGCAGGUCGUCCUGGACGACCUGCAGACGUACAGAGGAGCAGGAGAGGAAAUACGACAGGCCAUCCAGAGUCCCGGCGUGGUGGGCGUGCAGGAGAAGGCCUGGUCAGCUGUGGUUCCUCUGGUGGCUAAACUCAAAACCUUCUACGAGUUCUCCCAGAAGCUCGAGUCCAGUCUGCGGUGUCUCCUGGACGUCCUCACCAGCUCUGCUUCGACUCCCACUCAGCAUCUGGAGCAGAAACAGGCUCUGGCUCGUCAGUUCGCCCACAUCAUGCACUUCACGCUGCGCUUCGACGAGCUCAAGAUGACCAACCCGGCCAUCCAGAACGACUUCAGCUACUACCGCCGGACCAUCAGCCGCAUGCGAAUCAACAACCUGUCUGCUGACCGAGGAAAUGAGGUCAACAACGAGCUGGCCAAUCGGAUGUCUCUGUUUUACGCGAGCGCCACGCCGAUGCUGAAGACGCUAAGUGACGCUACGUCAAAGUUCGUCUCAGAUAACCCAGAUGUCCCGAUUGAAAACACGACGGACUGUCUGAGUACGAUGGCCUGUGUGUGUAAAGUGAUGCUGGAAACACCGGAGUAUCGCAGUCGUUUUGCCAGUGAGGAGACUGUGUUGUUCUGCCUCCGUGUGAUGGUCGGUGUCAUCAUCCUGUACGACCACGUUCACCCGGCCGGAGCCUUCGUUAAGACCUCCAAUAUAGACAUGAAAGGCUGCAUCAGAGUGUUGAAGGAGCAGCCGCCCAGCAGUGUGGAGGGAUUACUCAAUGCUCUCAGGUAUACGACCAAACAUCUGAACGAUGAGGCUACCUCCAAGCAGAUCAAAACCAUGUUGCAGCCAAAUUAACUCCAUGCUUCUUCAGCAGAACUGAAACUGGAACGAUACAGGGAGACAAAAGUAUUUUGGUCCAAAUUUCAAAAGAACUACUGAACAAACCUUUAGCUAAUAUUUCUUUGUUUAACCUCAGAUGUUAUUUUUACUCUCAUUUGAAAAAAAGCUGUUUUUUUGUUGUUGUAAAAAAAGAAAAAAGAAAAAGAAACCUUUUUAGUUGGUUGAUCCAAGAAAAGAUGCAGUGAAUUGACUGAUAUUUGCAGUUCUGUUAGCGUGAUCAGACGACACACAAACUAGUUCGUUCCCGACCUUAAGCUUUCCCAGUAGUGGAGCCAACAUUUAAAGUUUGUCCUGAUUUACGGGGAUAGAGCAUCAACCCGUUACAAAUCGUCCUCUGGAGACCACGAAUAUCCACACCAACUAGUCUCAGUCUGGCCAAUAGUUUCAUCUGGAAAUGUGGGACCAAGAUAACAAGUAAUCAACAUUGCGAUUGUCAGGUCCUGCCACUAGUGGGGCAAAAAAGGAACAUCAUGAGCAACUGCAGCUGGGUCGCUUGAUUUGAAACGACUGAACAUCGUGACCUACAACCGGGAUCUGUAGACUUAAACAUGUUUGUCAGUUAUCGUUAUCUGUACUUCUGAUGUGACGGGAAUGCAGCUUUGACAGUUUUCAUGCAGCACAGAUCUGUUCGCUGCCGUUGGGUUUAGUGUGUUGUCUAACAGAUCAUCGCUUCAGCCCCUUUUCCACCAGAACUUUUUUCCCAGAACUAUUUUCAAGAACCCAGGAACUUUUCCACUGGAGGAACCUUGUUCUGAUUUUAUUCCUCGGCAGCAGUUCCUACCUCAGUAAAAAGUCUCUGUGGCCGAAGUCGUACUUUUCAGUUGACUGAACUGCUGGAGUUCACAGUUUACAGGACUGAACAUCACUGAUUGGUCAAACACAAGCUCAGCGAGUUUCUUAAAAAGGAAAACUACAGUUUAUUACAGUUCAGCAGGGUUGAGCGAGUACUUUGCUGAAACGAGUAUACGGUACAGAUAAUGUACUUUUUACGAAUAUCAUCAGAGUAAAAUGUGUCAAUAUCUGUACUUGUAAAUGCAACUUAUAUAUAUAUAUAUAUAUAUAUAUAUAUAUAAACUUGUUCUGUAAAUAGUUUUCUAAUAAAUAUAGCAACUUCUGAUCAACCCAUAUCAAUUUCAGGCUUAAAUGAACAACUUCCGGGUUAAGCCCCGCCCACUCCGAGUACAGAUACGAAUACAGAUCAUUUAUUUGGUUGAACAGAUACAGAUAAUGGUGUACUCGCUCAUCCCUACAAUUCAGGUUUUAUUUUUUUUACCUCCAGCCAUCGGUUCUGUGCGUACUGACAGUUUGGUUAAUAAUUUUACCGUUUGCCUUCGUUUUCUCGUCCAAAUGAGUUUGACUAACCUGUCGGUUUGUUUACGACCUGUCUGACACCUACCAUGAGCAAUGGGGUCCUACAUGAACAUGCUACUUUCUGCCUUAAUCAGAGCAGUUUUGGUUAUUUCACACGAGAGAUUGUUGUUUUUGUCCUUGCUUUUCUAAUUGGCUUGAUGUCACAUACUUCCGUGCACCAAUCAGAGUUUAGCAACAUUUGAGUCAAAACUUGAUGAAAACUUGUUUUUGGGUUGUUGGCUUACGUUGCCAGCAUCAAACCUCACCCACACCAUCCUGAUGAAGCAGAUUAUUAAUUUUUUUUUAUGUUAAAACUCUUAAUAAAUAAUAACUAAGGAUUUGUUUUUUUUCUCCCAAAGUUUAGCAGUUGCUUAUUCUGUUAUUUAAAAUGAGAUGUUCAGGGGCUUUAAGCAAUGUUGCUGCAUCCCAAAAUCUCUGCAAUUACUUAUAUACGUAUAGAAUUAUAACGUUAUAACAGGUAAAACUGUCGGCUGCGUUUUUUGAGUUUUGAAAAUAUAACCCAAGUUCUAAUACACUGUGGUUUUUCUUUAACAACUAUUUCUUAACGCAGAAAAGCAGUUUCAUGUCAAAUGACGCCGAAAUCUUCAACGCCACCUUGUAAUUUUCUGUCUGCAGAGUUCUUGAAAACAAACAAACGCGGACACGCUCACGGACCUUUUGCUUAGUUUUCAAAUGUUAUAUCCUGAACUAUGCAGCCAUUGCAUGUAUUAAGCUGGAACUCUGCAAACCUACACGGAGAAGGAUGUUACGGGUAAACGUAGGUCGCGGCCGACGCGCACAGCAACACUUCGUGCAGACCUGUGCGUCGAGCGAGCUGACUGGUGACUGUUUAACGUUACGCAAGUUGUACGUCCACGCGCACGUCUCCAAACUAACUUCGUGCAUGUUUGCUGGCGAUGUGCAGCCUGGAGAAUCAUUUUCAACCUUUAAACUAAAGACAAGCUAGUGGUUCAAAUGAUCAUACUUACAGACUUUUUGAAUGUGUAAUGCCUUGGGAAUUUUUCAUCUUAGUUUUGAAAUAAUUUCUUUUUUUAUUUCAUGCUUUGGCUAAAUGUCUCUCCGGAUCUUACAGCCUCGUGACAGUGCUCACUUCCCUAAAAUCACGCACAGCCCAAAGAAGUUCCUGGUUUCUUGAAUAUACAUUUCCCGGUUUCUGGAUUCUUUGGUGGAAAAAAGGUCGAAACACACGGUAACCUGUUUGUUUGGGUAAACUGAGAAACUGUGGGAAACUUAACCAGACUUACCUUUGCCAAACCAACAAGUCAGUCCUCGUCCUUAAAGCAUUUUCUCAUGUGAAACUGAAACAUUGUGUUAGAAAAACACUUCAGAUAAAGCAUAAAUCUCACCUUUGUGCUUUCUGUCCAAGUAAGUUUUCAGGUGCAACAUCUUCUUCGCCUCAUUCUGGUGCGCCAAACCGCAAUGGGCUCAUUACUGCCCCCUGAGGCCAGAGAGCAGAAAACACCCACUGGAACUGAGUUUUAAUGGGUGCGUUUUCCCCGUCGGCCACAGGAGGCAACAAUGAGCCCAUUCACACUUGAAAACAAACUUGGACAAAACACACAAAAGGUGAGAUUUAUGCUUUAUCGCAGUGGUAAACAUGUAGUGGCUCAUAGGGCAAAUCUGACCCCCCAGCAAAAAUAUUUUGGCCCCUGACAUAAGCUGAAAUUUCGCUUUCUUCUUUCCAGAAAAACCCUUUACCUGCUUUUUCACAAAUCUACUGCAGACAGACUGUGGAUGUAAAUAUAAGGCUCAGGUAAUCAUUAACGCAUGAGUCAAAGAAAUAUUAACAUGCACUGCUGUAACUCUAUCAGCCCUCAGUUACUAAUGGCAACAAUGAGCCCUCGGAUACAGUCCUAAAACAACCAGUUUUAUGAAUCAAUGGAAUUUUUAAAUGCAUUAUAGAAAUAAACAAAGGGAAAAAUUAAACAUGUUGAAACAUCUGCUGCGUCUGGGAAGCCUUUCAGUGAACUGAAAGAAAUUGGCCCAUUGUUGAACUGAAUUGCUAAUUUAUCUGAACGGUUUUUAAACAGUAUGUUUUGGUUUUACAAAGACUUCAAGCAUGAUGACUAACUGGUAGGGAUUGGCAAAUGCACUCUAGUUAACCUCCCCACCUCUUUAUAAAGAGCUUCUCCUUCCCUUUACUUAUGGGAAGCAUGUCUGCCUGCCUCCCACACAGCGGAUGAGACAAUCCCAAACAAGGAGGAUUCAGAUUGUAUCCUCAUUUCUGCAUCUUUUAUUUUAUUUUACACCCAGUUUUAUUUUCCGUUUUUGUAGUUACAUUUCCAAAUGUUCAAGUUAGGAAAGUGAUUCAAAAAACUCAUGGUAUGAUUUAAUAAACAGUAGGAAUGAUAUGUGAUACAUUUCUUUUUAGUUCACGGGAUGGCACAUGUAAAACUUGUGGUAUGAUCAUUUUUAAGCUGUGACGUGGAUGGCUAACAAAAGGUAGCGCUGUAAUAAACUGGCUACCGAGAGCAGUUUGGAAUUAGCUAAGAGAAGGAGAACCACUGUGACGAACAGGAUGCGGUACUGAUACGAGGGAAACCUCAGACUGAUGUGGACGUUUUCUCAAUGUUUGAACUGAUGUGAUCAGUGGGACUGCUGACUGGAAAUAUUUACGAGCUUUUUGAUUUGCUUUGUAUGUUAAUGCUGCAGUGUCAGGGAUUGUAUGGCAUUAAUUGUUUUUAAAUGAUGUUUGUGUUGGCCAAUUAAAGUUUUUACAUUUUUAAGAAAAAUCUGAA